CCCAACCAGUCUUCUGUUGACAAAAAGAUAAGCACAUGUGUACUGAAUGUCAUGCUUUAUAGGAUGGUUUGCACAAAUGCAGAAGGACAAUGUGACAAACAUCUAAUACUGUUUAAUAAAACAUAAAAUCAGUUUGAUUUGGUUAAAACGGCUGAGUUUGGAUUUUAUUCAUCAGUGCACAUGAGUGCAUACAGGCUGCAUCAACUCAAGGGUCAUAUUGUGUGUGGAAAUAAGCCGGAAAGGUCCCAUUGAGACAGAAGAUGUCUCCUUCCAGGGAGUCCUGAUCACAGCAAUGGCAGGCUCACCUAGUCCUCUGACCAUCCAUGUGCUGAACACUGCAAUGGGAGUCCCUGGCUCAAACAUGGCCCUCAGUCUCUAUCGACAAGACCCUACCACUAAUGCCUGGAGUUUGAUAACAACUGGGACCACUAAUGCUGAUGGACGUUGCCCAGGACUCAUCACAAAACAAAUAUUUACUUCUGGUGUGUACAGAAUGCGUUUUGAGACUGCUCAGUACUGGGAGAGUAUAGGGGAGACCUGCUUUUACCCGUAUGUUGAGAUUGCCUUCACUAUAAAUGACCCAGCCCAAAAGUACCACGUCCCUCUACUCCUGAGUCGUUUCUCUUACAGUACAUACAGAGGGAGCUAAUGAUCAAGUGAGAUAAACCUCCUGCAGCUACCUCCAUCUAUCAGCUGUUGAACACCUCACAGGCAGAGGCAAACCCACCAGGAUCUCAGCACCAGCCAAACUGUCACAUCUAU